UUUCAGCAAAGUUUGAUUCUUUUGUUUUGUUCCUGUUUAAAAGUUGUGGGGAGUUUUCCCUUGAUUGGGAGCCUCAAAGGCAGAAGAGGAUGGUUAAGAUAUUUGGGGACUCCAAGUUUGUGCUGUGCCUAGUGUUUUCCAGCGUCCUCAAUCUUCUGUUCAUUAUCAAUCUUUCUGUGGGUGGUCGGUGGAAUCUAAGUUGGAGCUCAGAAGGUGCAGCAGAAGCUGAGGCUGUGGCAGCUAUUUCAUGCUCAGGCCAUGGAAGAGCUUACUUGGAUGGAUUGGUUCUCGAUGAUGAAAGACAACCACUUUGUGAGUGUCAUACUUGCUAUUCAGGCCCUGACUGUUCGCAACUUCUACCCAAUUGUGCUGCAAACGUUGAUGGAGGGGAUCCAUUGUUCUUGGAGCCCUUUUGGAUGAAGCAUGCAGCUAGCAGUGCACUUGUCGUAUCAGGAUGGCACAGGAUGAGCUACAGCUAUGAUGAUGACACUUCCUCUUCCAAAGUGCUUGAGAAGCAUAUUCGAAAACUACACUCACUCGUAGGAAAUGCAGAUACAGAUAACAGGUUCAUCAUCUUUGGUGCUGGCUCAACCCAAGUCAUUAGCGCUGCAAUCUAUGCACUGUCUCCUGAUAACGCCUCCUCCCCUGCAAGAGUCGUAGCUUCAAUCCCUUAUUACAGGCUCUAUAAAGCACAAACUGAGCAUUUUAAAUCAGUGGACUUCAAGUUUGAAGGAGACACAACCGCCUGGAGGAACACUUCAACUUCUAACACCACCAAAUUGAUUGAGUUUGUGACCUCGCCAAAUAAUCCUGAUGGACAGAUGAACAGGGCAGUUCUUCAUGGACCAUAUGUGAAAGCAAUUCAUGAUCGUGCCUAUUACUGGCCACAUUUUACGCCAAUUCCAGCUCCUGCAGAUGAAGAUCUAAUGAUAUUUACACUUUCUAAGCUCACUGGUCACGCUGGUACUCGAUUUGGGUGGGCAGUGAUAAAGGAUAAGAAUGUAUAUGAGAGAAUGACAAAUCAUAUGAGUUUAAACAGCAUGGGGGUUUCUAAAGAUAGUCAAUUAAGAGCUUUGAAGCUUCUCAAAGUAAUCCUAGAACGGAAAGGAAGGGAAAUAUUUGAAUUUGGAUACGAGACAAUGAAGGCCAGGUGGGAAAUAUUGAACAAGACAUUGUCAUUGUCGAACCGCUUCUCUCUCCAGAAAAUUCCUCCUCAAUACUGCAACUUCUUCCAGGAGGUCAAAGAGCCUUCUCCAGCUUAUGCAUGGUUGAAGUGUGAGAGAGAAGAAGAUAAAGAUUGUCAUGCAGUGUUGAAGGCUGCAAAUAUCAUGGGGCGUGAGGGCAGUAGGUUCAGUGCUGAAGAUCGCUAUGUUCGGCUUAGCAUGAUAAGAAGAAGAGAUGAUUUUGAUAUAUUUAUAGAGCGUUUAAAAGAACUAGUCUCGAAGGAAGAAGGCAUUAACGCCAUGUGAAGGAUGCAAUAAACCACUCGAAACCCUAACACUGAUCAACAUCUGUUGAUCAAAAGCUCCCAAGAAAGUAAAUCAAGAACAGCUGUAAAAAGCUGGUAGUGUAUGUUUGGCAAAGAGGUGAUGUCUAUUGACCUGCCUUCUAUCCUUUAAAGGGGUUAUAUCCAUUAACCUCUUUACUUGCAGAAUGCAUUAUAAUUCAAUAAGUGGUCAUGUCUAUUGACCCACUUGUAGAGGCAAAUUAGUUUAUUGUUCUUACCUCUCAAUGUGCUUAUGAAAUAAUUAUGAUUCCUUUCAUUUCCUCGAAUAGUCUCCUUCAAUGUAGAAGCUAUAGUAAAAGGUCAUGCUAAAACUGACCUUUUAGGUGAUUGUUGAUGUCUUAGGAGAUUUUGUUUCAUUCCCAAUCUUAACCGUUUCAAGAAGCAUAAAUGUACUGGUAAAGG